CUUUGACUCUCCUUUGUGAGCAAACCUCCUCCACUCCACUCCUCUCUCAGAGAGUACUCUCUUACCUCCUUUACAGCAACUUCAAGACCAGAUUUCACCAUGACAAGCACCAGGUCUAUCAGCUACAGCAUCGGUGGUGGCAGCAGCGGUGGUUCCAUCAGGAAGAGCUACUCCAGUCAGUCAGCCUAUGCCGCUCCCGCUGGCUCCAGCAGGGUCAGCAGUGUGACCAGCAUCAGGCGAUCUGGUGUGGGAGCCGCAGCUGGUUUUGGUUCAGGGUUUGGGAGUGCAGGCAGUAGCUACAACUUCAGCAGCAGCAGCAUGGGUGGAGGUCUUGGUGGAGGAUUUGGUGGAGGAUUUGGUGGAGGCAUGGGCUUCGUCCAAGCGCCCAUUACAGCUGUCACCGUGAACCAGAGCCUCUUGGCCCCCCUCGACUUGAAAAUUGACCCCUCAAUUCAAGCUGUCCGCACUCAGGAAAAGGAUCAGAUCAAGGGCCUCAACAACCGUUUUGCAUCCUUUAUUGACAAAGUGCGUUUCCUGGAGCAGCAGAACAAGAUGCUGGAGACCAAAUGGAGUCUCCUCCAGGAACAGACCACCACCCGUUCCAACAUCGACUCCAUGUUUGAGGCCUACAUUGCUAACCUACGCAGACAGCUUGAUGGCCUGGGUAACGAGAAGACGAAGCUGGAAUCAGAGUUGAAGAACAUGCAGGGCCUGGUUGAGGACUUUAAGAACAAGUAUGAGGUUGAGAUCAACAAGCGUGCAUCUGUUGAGAAUGAGUUUGUCCUGCUUAAGAAGGAUGUUGAUGCCGCCUACAUGAACAAAGUUGAGCUCGAGGCCAAGGUUGAUGCUCUUCAGGAUGAGAUCAACUUCCUUAGGGCAGUCUAUGAGGCUGAGCUGCGUGAACUCCAGUCUCAGAUCAAGGACACUUCCGUUAUUGUGGAGAUGGACAACAGCAGAAAUCUUGACAUGGACUCCAUUGUAGCUGAAGUUCGUGCUCAGUAUGAGGACAUUGCCAACCGCAGCCGUGCCGAGGCUGAGAGCUGGUACAAACAGAAGUUCGAAGAGAUGCAGUCCUCUGCUGGUCAAUAUGGUGAGGACCUCCGCUCAACCAAGACUGAGAUUGCUGAGCUCAACCGCAUGAUUGCCCGACUGCAGAACGAGAUUGAUGCCGUCAAGAACCAGCGUGCCAACCUUGAGGCUCAGAUCGCUGAGGCUGAGGAGCGUGGAGAGAUUGCAGUAAAGGAUGCUAAGCUCCGCAUCAAGGACCUCGAAGAAGCCCUCCAAAGAGCCAAACAGGACAUGGCCCGCCAGGUGCGCGAGUACCAGGAGCUCAUGAACGUCAAACUGGCCCUAGACAUUGAAAUUGCCACCUACAGGAAGCUGUUGGAGGGAGAGGAGAGCAGACUGUCUAGUGGUGGAGCUACAGCCACCAUUCAUGUGCAGCAGUCCUCUGGAGGAGGAAGUUACUCAGGAAGCAGCAGCUCUGGAUUCGGCUAUGGUGGUAUUGGAGGUGGAUUCAGUAGUGGCUCCAUCACCAAAUCCAGCAUCUCCACCAUCAGCAGUAAACGCUAUUAAGGAGAAAAUGCCCACCUCACCCCCACCCUACCCACCUCCCUAACUUCCUUACCUGCAACUAGAUCACUCUGAAACCUUUUACAACUUAAACCAACUAUGGUGCUAUAUUCUAGCCUGACAGCUAUCCUCUGUUAAUGAGAAGAUGAGGACAUGAUUUCUUAAAUGGAAUGUUUUAGGUCAUUCUGUGCAUUGAUGGUACAGUUACCAAUUACAUCUCUUGUCUGGUGGUGUCAGUGCCAUUUUUAAUCAUCCACCCAACUCUGCUAAAAUGACACUAGGAAGAAUGUAAUGGGGUAAUAUUUCUCCCAUCCAAUGAAUUGUUUUAUUUCUGCACUGAUAAUUCUGGGGAAAGAGAGACUUGACAGAAAUAUAUACACAAAGAAACCACUGAAGCAAAUGAAACCCUUACAAGCCUCUUUAUCAGCAGUACCAUGGUUUCACUGAAUCAGGAAUUUGCUGUAAAAGUCCUGAUUGAAUAUUUUGUGCUGUUACAAACCCCUUGGUAUAUUUUAACUGUUAAUUAGAUGACUAAUAUGACUUUUGUCAUUAUGUUAUGGCUGUUAAUGUUAGCUUACUUAUAUGCAGUUACAUCACAUACCAGGAAGAUACAACAUAAAAAGGGACAAAAUGGCAUUUCUUUGGACUAUACCACCUAAACUUUGAGUACUCGCUGAGUCGGAAGCAGAGAGCUCAAUUUACUGUGUUAUAUAGUGUAUUACUGUAAAUGUAAUAACUGAGUCUUUCCCUUGUAAAACAAAACAGAGACUAUGUUAAACCAGAUUUAUUUUGUAUUGAUUGCCUUUACACCAAAUUGUAAUACUGAAUACAAUAAACUGAGACCACCAGUUUUG